AUGGCGGAGACUUUCGCAUUCAAUGCAGACAUCCAACAGCUGAUGAGCUUGAUCAUCAAUACCUUCUACUCCAACAAGGAGAUCUUCCUGCGAGAGCUCAUCUCCAAUGCCUCGGAUGCUCUGGACAAGAUUCGCUACGAAUCGAUCACGGAUCCAGACAAGAUCGAGGCGCAGCCCAACUUCUUCAUCAAAAUCAUCCCGGACAAGACCAAUUCGACUUUGACCAUCGAAGACUCCGGCAUCGGCAUGACCAAGAACGAAUUGAUCAACAACCUCGGGACCAUCGCCAAGUCUGGCACCAAAGCCUUCAUGGAGGCCAUGGCGGCCGGCGGCGACAUCUCCAUGAUUGGCCAGUUCGGCGUCGGCUUCUACAGCGCAUACCUCGUCUCGGACAAGGUCCGCGUCGUCAGCAAGCACAACGACGACGAGCAGUACAUCUGGGAGAGCGGUGCCGGCGGAUCCUUCACCGUGCAGAAGGACACCGAGCUGGUGCACGGCGAGAUCAAGCGAGGUACGAAGAUUAUCUGCUACCUCAAGGAAGACCAGUCCGAGUUCCUGGAGGAGCGACGCUUGAAGGACUUGGUGAAGAAGCACUCCGAGUUCAUCGGCUUCCCCAUCGAGCUGUACGUGGAGAAGUCCAAGGAGAAGGAGGUGACUGACUCCGAGGAGGAAGAGGAGGAGAAGAAGGACGAGAAAGAGGGUGACGAGCCCAAGAUCGAGGAAGUGGAUGAGGAGAAGGAGAAAGAGGAGAAGAAAAAGAAGACCAAGAAGGUGAAGGAGGUCUCGCACGAGUGGGAGCAGCUGAACAAGAACAAGCCUCUCUGGAUGCGCAAGUCCGAAGACGUCACCAACGAGGAAUAUGCUUCCUUCUACAAGUCGCUGUCCAACGACUGGGAGGACCACCUCGCGGUGAAGCACUUCAGCGUCGAGGGCCAGCUGGAGUUCCGUGCGCUGCUCUUCGUUCCCCGCCGAGCGCCCUUUGACCUCUUCGAGAGCAAGAAGAAGCGCAACAACAUCAAGCUGUACGUGCGUCGUGUCUUCAUCAUGGACGACUGCGAGGAGCUGAUGCCAGAGUGGCUGAACUUCGUGAAGGGUGGGCCACGCAUUUGCAUCGACGAGGUUGAACUGUUGGCCGAGCUCCUCCGCUACCACACCUCCAAGUCUGGAGACGAGCAGAUCAGCCUGAAGGAGUAUGUCGAUCGCAUGAAGGAGGGACAGAACGACAUCUAUUAUAUCACAGGUGAGAGCAUCGCGGCGGUAUCUUCCUCUCCUUUCCUGGAGACCCUGCGAAAGAAGGGCAUCGAGGUGCUUUACAUGAUUGACCCCGUCGACGAGUACUCCGUGCAGCAGCUGAAGGAGUUCGAUGGCAAGAAGUUGAAAUCCACCACCAAGGAGGGUUUGGACAUCGAGGACGAGGACGAGAAGAAGAAGCUGGAGGAGAUGAAGGCCGAGUUUGAGCCUCUCACGAAGUUGAUGAAGGAAGUCCUCGGAGACAAGGUGGAGAAGGUCAUCGUUAGCUCCAGGAUGGCCGACUCCCCUUGCGUGCUGACCACCUCCGAGUACGGCUGGUCUGCCAACAUGGAGCGCAUCAUGAAGGCCCAGGCGCUGCGCGACAACUCCAUGACUUCCUACAUGGUCUCCAAGAAGACCAUGGAGGUGAACCCGAAGCACUCCAUCAUGGCGGAGCUGAAGAAGAAGGCCGCUGCCGACAAGUCGGACAAGACGGUGAAGGACCUGAUCUGGCUUCUCUUCGACACCUCCCUGCUCACCUCGGGCUUCAACCUGGACGAGCCCACCCAAUUCGCUGGCCGCAUCCACCGCAUGAUCAAGCUCGGCCUGAGCAUCGACGAUGACGAUGAGGGCCUGGGCGACGACGAUGACCUGCCCCCGCUUGAGGAAGUUGAGGGCGCGGCCGACGAGGCCUCCAAGAUGGAGGAGGUCGACUAG